GGAAACUGAUUUUUGCCUUUCAGGAAUAAAAACACUUCAGAUGCACAGGUUUUCUUUUAUUUGCAGCAGCAAGUAAAGAUAUAUAGCAGGGUUUGGGAUUGUGUAUUUUAUUACCAAGAUGUAGCCAAUUUGUAUUCUCUUAUUUAGGCAACGGGAUAGUAAAUUUGAGCAAACUGGCAUGCAUAGGAAACUAGUGUCCCCAGGGCAAAUGGUUUCUGGUCUAGGAAGUUACUUUUCUUCUGUCCUGUCUUUCAGUAUGGCAGAGAGAUGAACCAUGAUUAGUUUUGAGAGCAUCUAAAAAUGUAAUUUUCACACUGUCCAACAGAUGUUCUCAUUUUAGGUUUUGCAUGAAGAACCAGCAUAUCUGAAUAUAAUGUUGCUAAAAUAGAUUACAGGUAGUCUUCACUUAACAAGCUUUUCUUUAGCAACUUUUUUGAAACUACAACAUACUGACUAAAAGUAACUUACAACCAGACCUCGCCCUUACAAUUGUCUCAGUGUUGCCACAGUCACAUGAUUUGAGUUCUUGGCAACUUGUGCAACAUCCUCAGUUGCCAUUUGUGAUCUUCCCAGACACUUUUGGCAAGCAAUAUCACUAUAUUAGUCUAGUGUAUGUAGAUGAAAUCAUAUUAGGGAAGACAAAUAAAUAGGAGGGAUUUGGCUUUGUUGACUGGCACUUAAAUUGAGAUCAGUAUGAUAAAGGCACACUUCUAGUUUUGAUUUAUUUGUAUUUAUCUCCGGACACAACCUUCCAUUUUAGGCUUGAACUUAUCUGUUAGUCUCAACCAUAAAUUUAUUGCUCCGUGAAGUCUUGGCUUUAAAUCAAAAUAAAAUUGAAGUAUUAGAUAGUGACUCUCUACUUCAGAUGUUAGGGUUUGUCUAAUCACACUUGAUCAAAUAAAGUAUUCAAUUCAAAUUGAGAGUAGAAAUCUGUUGUAAUCCACUCCCUGAUCUGGUUCAGGAAAUUUCGGUUUAGGAAAUUUUGCAUUUUUGUUUCCUUGGCGCAGUGGUUAGAAUGCAGUAUUGUAGGCUGACUAAGCUCACUGCCAGGGUUUUGAUCUUCACCAGCUCAAGGCUGACUGAGCCUUCAGUCCUUCUGAGGUCAGUAAAAUGAUGACCCAGAUGGUUGGGGGCAGUAUGCUGACUCUAAACCACUUAGAGAGGGCUGUAAAGCACUAUAUAAGUCUUAAAUGCUAUUGCUAUUAGUUACUGGUAUAUUUCUGGGUAGAAUAGAAUAGAUUUUUUAUUGGCCAAGAAUGAUUGGACAUACAAGGAAUUUGGUGCAUGUGCUCUCAGUGUACAUAAAAGAAAAAAUACCUUCAUCAAGGUACAACACUUACAACACUUAAUGAUAGUCAUAGGCUACAAAUGGGUAUGUUUCUGGGUACAUUUCAAGAUGCUGAUUGUCAACUUUAAAAUCUAACUGGCUUGAGACUUUUUUCAAGUGUCUACCCAUCCAAUUCAAUCUAGCAGAUUGACCACAUUGCAAAUCCUGUUUUAGCCAAAGUUUUAUCAGCUGGUGGGGAUUAGAAGAUAGGCCUUUUCUUCAGUAGCCCCUGCUUUGUGGAAUAUCCUCCCAUUGCAGAAUGGCCCCAACCAUUAGCCUUUGGUAAAGCUUUAAAACCCUAAUUGUGUUUGAAUUUGCUAAGAGCCCUGUUUCUUGACUUUAUUGUUGACUGACCAAGUAAUGUGUAAUGUGGGUAUAUAUAAACAAAUUAUUUUCUCAUCCUUAUGGAUGGUAUAUGUCUUUCUCAACCUCAUUUCCUCUACCAGAUGCAUGGGAGUUUGAGGGUUUUGCAGUAUCUUAGCUGUUCCUAGCUCUUUAUUUUACUUAUUUGUAUCCUGUCUAUUAUUUUUACAAGUAAUUCAACCCCACACAUCUUCCUCCUCCUAUUUUCCUCACAACAGUAACCCUAUGAGGUGGGUUGUCUGAGAGGGAGCAACUGACCUGAAGUCACCCAGCCAACUUUCAUGACUUAAGGCAGAACUUAGGAUCUCCCACUUUCUAUCCUGGUGCCUUAACAACUAGGACCAAACUGACACUUUGGGACAGAAAGCUCUGUCCCAAAGUUUCUAGGAUCUGUUGGAGCCACUCUCCCAGCUUAGGAGUCGCAGCCCUGAAUGCUCCUAUCACUGCUGGGACUACUUUGGCCUUUGCUUUCUGCAUCCUCUCCAGUUGUUCCUUCAGGCUCUGGCAUUUCUCCAGUUUCUCAUACUUCCUUCUGAAAUUGCUGUCACUUUGCACUGCUACAUCUAUACCCACUACUCUUCUGUCUACAGGUGCUACAAUGUCUGGUUGAUUGGCCAGUAAUUUCCUGUAUAUCUGGAUCUGGAAAUUCCACAGGAAGUGUUAGCUUUCUCAUUCUUCACGACUUUCUGUGAUAUCUCCUAUCUGGAUUUAAGAGUAUCUAGCGCAUAUUAUAUGCAGAUGCAAUUACCAAUAUUUGCACUAAUCUUCAGUAAUAAGAGGAUUAGGCAACCUAGGAAAAUUUCUAGCAAGUUUUCUAGAGCAUUUUUUGUGGUAUUUCUUAACCUGUAAUUCCAGGUUUUAAAGUCCCAACAGGCCUGCUGAAUACCUGCUUGGGAAAAACCUGGUCUGCCUUUGAUCUGCAAAUUCCAUAUAAUCUACAUGUUUUAUUGUUAAUAUUUUCUAAAACUGGGAUUUAAAACUGAUCGCAAGUUUAAAUUGUUCAAGUGCUGAUAAUUUUAGUUGCUAUUAGUUGACAGUAGGGCAAACAUCUUUUUGAUGACAAACUUAUUUCAAAACUAUGUGGCAGUAAUGUGCACAUUCACUGAUCUACAAUUUAGAACCAAGUUUGAAUUCCUUUGCAAACCAGAAAUAAGGAAAACAUUUCAAAAUUGCUAAGACAAACAGAAGCUUUGGAAUACCCAUCUAGCUAUUUAUCUAGAUAAAUAGAUAUUGGGCAUCAGAUUGAAUUUUUCAUUUCUGGUCAUGAUUUUAAGUCUGCACAGCCAGUAAGCAUUAUUUUAAGUGGAAAUGACUUGCAAGACAAAAGUUUUACUGAUUUAGAAUAGAAUAGAAUAGAAUUCUUUAUUGGCCAAGUGUGAUUGGACACACAAGGAAUUUUUCUUGGCGCAUAUGCUUUCAGUGUACAUAAAAGAAAAGAUACAUUCAUCAAGAAUUCUAAGAUACAACACUUAAUGAUAGUCAUAGGGUACAAAUAAGCAAUCAGGAAACAAUAUCAAUAUAAAUCGUAGGGAUACAAGCAACAAAGUUACAGUCAUACAGUCAGUGGAAGGAGAUGGGUGAUGGGAACGAUGAGAAGAUUAAUAGUGCAGAUUUAAUAAAUAGUUUGACAGUGUUGAGGGAAUUAUUUGUUUAGCAGAGUGAUGGCGUUUGGGAAGAAACUGUUCUUGUUUCUAGUUGUUCUGGUGUGCAGUGCUCUAUAGCUCUAUAGUUUUGAGGGUAGGAGUUGAAACAGUUUAUGUCCAGAAUGUGCGGAAUCUAAAUAUUUGCACAGCCCUCUUUUUGACUUGUACAGUAUACAGGUCCUCAAUGGAAGGCAGGUUGGUAGCAAUUAUUUUUUCUGCAGUUCUAAUUAUCCUCUGAAGCCUGGGUUGGGUUGCAGAACCAAACCAGACAGUUAUAUUUAUUUAUACAAAUAUUAAUAUACCACCCCAUCCAGAGGGGUGUACCCCUCCCAAUCCCAACAACAAAAAUCGUCCAACAACAUAAAUAAUAAAAAUACACUACAAUAUACAAUAUAGCUGCUGAGGAUAAUUGCAUUUUACCUUUCUGUGGUGGCAGCAUAGCUACCUUUGUGCGUCCUCAGGCAAGUACACAUUAAGUUGUAUCACAGGGCUUAGUAAAAAUCCUAUGUUACUGGGGUUUACAUGACAUGACUUUUAGUACUAUAUCCUUUAGCAUGAUGUGGAACGUUUUGAAUUAUCUAAGAAAAUGACACGCUGACGUCCGAACACAAACAAAGCGAAUAUAAACACGGGUAGAGGACGUGGAGUAGAAUCCAUUUGACACCCUGUUCCUAAACUUUUUAUUUUUUGUACCUGAUUUUCAAACUUAUAAUUUACACAGUAGAUUGAAUUUAUACUUUUGCUUUCUGCAAUCAUACGCACGUAGCCUUACAGUUAACCAGUAACUGUGUCCCAGAGUUUGCUACGCGGAAGUAUUUACCGCCGUAGUAGGAUAGCAAUUCGCCCAGCCCUCCAAAUUGCUUACUUCGUGUCAAUCACUCAACUCGAAACUCUUUAGCACCAAACGGAGGGAGAGUUGGCGACUAACGAAGGGGGAGGAGCCAAACUGCGUCGAGAGACCGGUGGAGAGAAAAGGCGGCGUGUUAAGGGAAAAUUCCGACGUGCACAGCUGAUUCUGUUUUUUGGUGGCCUGAAGCACGAUGUCAGGUGAAUUCUCUAGAAGCUUGGGAAAAGGAACUCCUGCUCCAGGGCCAGUUCCUGAAGGAACCAUCCGGGUCUACAGUAUGCGUCACUGCCCUUUUGCUCAGAGAACAAUACUUGUCCUAAAAGCCAAAGGAAUCAACCAUGAAAUUGUUAAUAUCAAUUUGAGAAGCAAACCAGAGUGGUUUUUUGAGAAGAACCCACUUGGAAUGGUACCUGUGCUAGAAACAAGCAAGGGUCAGCUGAUCAGUGAAUCUUCAAUCGCUUGUGAAUAUUUGGAUGAAGCUUACCCUGGAAAGAAGUUGUACCCUGCAGAUCCUUAUGAAAAAGCUUAUCAGAAAAUGAUUCUAGAAUAUUUCUCCAAGUUACAUCCAAUAUGCUUCAACUAUAUUCGGGCUUUCAUGAAUGAUGAAGAUGCAUCAGAAUUAAAGAAUGAGUUCCAGAAGAAGCUUCCGAAGCUUGAAAAGAUGCUCAAAAGCCGCAAAACUAAGUUCUUUGGUGGAAUUUCAGUAUCCAUGAUUGAUUAUCUAAUCUGGCCAUGGUUUGAACGGAUAGAAGCCUUCCAGUUACUUGAAUGUUUGGACCAUACUCCAAGGUUAAAACGCUGGAUUGCUCUGAUGAAGCUAGAUCCAGCUGUUCAGGCCACAAUAACUGAUCCUAAAAUCUUCAAGGGCUUCCUUGAACUGUAUUUCAAUAGAAGCCUUGAGGCCUGUGAUUAUGGGCUCUGAAAACUAUGGGAAGCUUUUUCAGUGGAUGACAAGGGAUAUUGACAGCUAUUGCUCCAGCAUGUCAUCUGAUAUCUGAAAUGCUUUGCUCAGCUUUGAUAUGUUUUGUGGUAUGUUACUCAACCAGUAUAUAAUUGCACUGAAAUGGUAAUUAUCUGCAAUAAAUGUUUCCCUUUCAAAAGGAGAAUGGCCAACAUUGAUCAGGAAGAAAAGCUUUUUUUACCCUUAUCUUCCUACCAAUCUAAAUGACGACGUUGACUUAUUUGCCUUGUGUAUCUGCUUAGAGGAGGCAUCAGUUUGACUUUUCUGUGUUUUGAAAUUGAUUAUUGCCUUUCAUGAAUAAAAACACUUCACAUGCA